AUUAUGUCAUUAUCAUAUUCCGCGGUUUUUGACCUGAUGAAGACUCGUUACACACGUGUGGAUAUAAUUCGGCUAGUUUGAGAUGAUUUAUGCAAUUGUGGUUUUACAUGUGGCCUUCGUUUAUAGACACAUGUACGGGCCCGGUUUAAAGUGGGGAAACUCCGUGGAACUGAACUUGGAUCGGAGCAAGACGGACCAAUCCGGGAAUAACAUGGUCGAAAAAACAACGAGAACGGAACGAAGAGGCGCGCGCAGCGUCUUUCACCUCAACGCACCGACACAUCUUCGUCUCAUUUCUGAGGGCCUUCCAAGCCGACCCAAGAUUAUCGCCUGCUGCUACACGGAUCGGCUGCUUGACCAAUCGUAUUCUUUUACGUUCUUUUUACGUGCCAAUUCGCGUCGUGUUCGCCGUUGAUUGUUAAUUUUGAGAUUUUCGAAAAGAAAAAAACGCAGAGUUUUUUUUUUUUUUCAAAAAACUUGAUGUAUUUGAAUGAAGUUUUUCGAUAAAAACCGGAUCCAGUUUGCUGUUCUGAAAGGUUAAGGUCUUUAUAAAACUGCGAUACACUCAUCACACAUGAUUGCACGCUUCAAAGAAUCCACAUGUUCGCAAAACAUGUUGUUCAAAUUUGGAAACUGUGUCUGACCACGCAUCGUAUUUGCACAAAAAUCACAUUUUUACGGUUUGCGUGAUAGUCUGUGAGGAAGUUCAAUGUCCGCGGUGGACGAGGAGGAGAAACGAUGACAGGAUGUCAAGUGUGGAGUACAAUUUUGCUCGUUGCGUUCGUUCUAUGGAAAACAAUCGCGAGCGCAAACACGAACGUUGCGCAGACCUCGGUGAACGACGGUGACGGGAAACUGCUUGAACAGUCGAACAAAUACAUUUAUUCCUGGACCGGACCAAACGCGCUCGCCAGAUCGGCCUUGAUGGAGCGACAGGAAAGAUUGCAAUAUAAUUGCGAGCUUGAAAGUAACGAGAUGGAUAUCGAAGCGUUAAAUCCAGAUUUGUUCCGUAAUAUCCUCGUGGACGAUUCGCACGAAUUACUCUACUGUUACGUUCCAAAGGUGGCUUGCACAAAUUGGAAACGCGUGCUAAUGAUCGCGACCGGCAAAUGGCCCGGUAAUGACCCCUUAGAAAUACCAGCCGAUCAAGCUCACUCUCCGGGUAAUUUUCAACGACUGAACAGUUAUACGCCGCCCGAGAUAGAGAAUAAAUUAGCGACGUACAACAAGCUUAUCGUCGUACGGCAUCCGUUGGAAAGGCUUUUAUCGGCUUAUCGAAACAAACUGGAAGCCAAGCAUGAGAAAAGCGCAAAAUAUUUCCAGAGUCGUUUCGGCAAGAAAAUUGUCAAGAAAUAUAGACAAAACGCGACCGAGGAGUCUUUGAGAAAUGGCGAUGACGUAACAUUUCGCGAAUUCGUCGACUUUGUCACCGACAACUCCGAGAACGGGACUCGGAACGAACACUGGAGACCGAUAUACGAAUUAUGUCAGCCUUGUAUAGUCAAUUACAAUUUCGUGAGCAAGUACGAGAGUUUAGUCGAGGAUGCCACUGAAGUUCUUGAACGGAUAGGCGUCACGUCUAUAAGUUUUCCACCUAAACCGCCUAGCAACGAACCGACCUCGAAAAAAUUGGACAGAUACUACUCUACUCUGAGCUACAAGCAGCUUCGCAAGCUGGCGGAUUUGUACAAAUUAGACUUAAGACUGUUUGACUACUCGUUGGAGGACGUGCUGGGAUUCUCUUUGGCUUGAGUAGCUAUCUUUAAUACGAAUAGAACGUAUAUAUAUUACACAUGUGAUACAAGUACUGGAUAAGAUUACGUGUGCGAGAGUUUCUCGUCUGUCGAAAGUCGAUGUAACGCAAGAUAGCUCAGAAUGAGAUGUCGCAUUUUAUGAAUGCGUAUACGUAAGACGAUUUCCGUACGUUUUCUGUUAUAUUUCGGAUUUCGAUUUCAACAUCCGAUUCUUUCGAGCAUUGUUUCCACAAUUUUGUGAAAACUGUUUUGUGUAUAAAGAAAAUUGCAUACUACCUCAAUAAUUUUUAAUUAUAUAUUGUUACACUUUAUUACGCGUGUAUAAAAAAUGUCUAUGUAUUAAACCACGAGCUAAUGAGUCACUUGAUCGUGUAAAAUGUAGAGAUGUGACGAAAUUAUUUUUUUAAAUGCAUAUAGCGGAGCUUUGUGCCAAAAGAAAAAAAUUUAGGAAUAUUAAAACAAAUUUAAAAAAGAGAAUUCGGUGUAAUUUUCCUUGUGUUAAGAAAUCACUGUUGGGCUUCUUGCACGUCGAGUUUCGCAAAAGAGAGUCGCAUGAGACAACUACGUACUACGUAAGAACCACAGUUUAUAAGACAAAACUUCGUCUUACGAUCAUGUUCUCUAUGGUUAUACGCGUAUUUCGCUUAAGUAUGCAUGAGUUAAUUCGUUAAUAAAAGGUUUUCCUUCACUAUUUUCGUAACGCGAAAUAUAUUCUCGUGUCAUAUCGUGCUCGAAGUCACUGUUUCGAACACAGCCAUAUACAUGCGAUGUAAUUAUUUGUUUAAGAGACUGUACCUACGUUUAUUUUUUUAUUUUUCUAUCUUUUUAUGCGGAAAGAUGAGGAACUAUGUAGUUACCACAAACUAAUGAAUGAUUAAUUAUAGAAAGAUAUGUACAUAUUAUGUAUACGCAGUGUAUAUUACAGUGUUGCAAUAAAUAUAAUAAUUAUUCAAUUAA